AUGUAUACGCUGCCGAUACUCCGCCUCAAAGGCGUUGUAGGGCAAAUUGUACCAGAUGCUACCCUCGAGUCCGUCCAUGAGAUCCCGUCAACACAUAUUACCCGCCUUUAUACCCUGAAUAUAUCUGGCUCUCGGCAGCUUCUCCUGUCUCUUCAGCCGUCAUUAGCAGUGCGUCUGCUUCGAAACGAGCAGGCACUGAUGUUAUGUGAGGCAAACUUAAUACAGUACUUGAGCAAAACGCCAGCUGGCACUACCAUAAAAUCACCGCCUGAAGAGGAAGGCUCAAGUGGUCCAUUGCUGUCCUCGUUGAUACCUAAGAUGCUAAAACAUUCUUCCAACACCAAAGAGAUGGGCUAUCCGUAUACCAUCUUCGAGCAAGUAUCAGGAUCAUCAUUAUCAUCCCAAUCCAUCUACCUCACAGUGUCGGAACGGCGUCACGUCGACAACCAAAUCGGGAAAUUGGUGAGGGACUUGGCGUUAAAAACAUCGCCGACAGGUACCUUCGGCCCUGUGCUUAAAGUAUGCAGGGAUCCCCCCGCACAGGAUGCAUCUUCUGGUGCAGGCGCUGGAGGAGCAGAAACUUGGUCUCUUGCCUUCGACGCACUCGCAGAAAGCAUUCUUCGAGAUGGAGAGGAUAUGUCCGUCUUGCUGCCAUACGAAAUCAUUAGACGACAAUUCUCUCGACUGUCUUGGCGACUCGAAGCAGUGACGAUACCAAGGUUAACACUACCCGAUGCGGGGGAUGAUGCGGUUGUUUUGGUGGAAAGGAGGUUGGAAGAAGGGCCGUUAUCGCCGGAAGACUCGGUGCGAGUCACUGGGCUACGACAUUGGAGUCGGGGCGUCUUUGGCGAUCCGUUGAUGUCGAGUUGCUUUGAAAACCCGACCGAGAGUUUCUCAGCUGGGUGGAAAGGGGAGGCCGACGAAGAUUUAAUAGAAGACCCGGAAGGCGCCAACACACGGAUGAUGUUAUAUCGAUGCUACAGAGCCAUCAUAGAUAUAGUGAUCGAAUACUACCGCCCACGAAACGAAAGCAGCAGAUUCGAAAUGGACGCAAGGAAGAGGCUGACUGGUGUACUUACGGAGUUGGAAACGGUCGACAUGGAAGGCAAUCAGACACCGAAACGAAAUAGGUCUAUGGCGGCUGCUGAUAUGACUAUGGUGAAGAAACUGAAGGUGGAGAGCGACGGGGAGUAA